CUGCGCAACAAUAUUCCACGUCCGGAUUUAACAGGGAUGUCGCAGAGAAUUCGCGACGACAUCACCGAGGUUCGCUCCGGUUUAGCCGAGAAGUUUGUUAUGGUUGUCGGAAAGUUAACUGGCUUGGAAAGACGGAUUGAAGGUUUGGAGUCCAGUGGUGCUGGUGAUAAUGAUGCAAGGAUCAGGAAAGAAGUGCAGGAGCUGAAGAGUAAAAUUCGAGACCUCACUGCUGAAAGCAGCAACUUGCGUGAACGGAAUAUGAGUUUAGAGCGAGAAGUGCGAGAUAAGGUCUCAAUUAUUGAUCGUUUGCGAAGUAGGAUGGAUCAAAUGGAUGAGUCUCUUGCUCUGAAUACAGUCAGGAUUACCGAUCUGGAGUCUCAAAGAGGUCCGCGUGCACAACAAGUUAUCCACAGUUACAAUGGUACUUUACUGUGGAAGAUUGAAAGCUACCAGAGAAAACGGCAAGAUGCCAUCAAUGGAGUGAAGACGGCCUUGUACAGUCCACCUUUCUACAGCGCUCAGUAUGGUUACAAGAUGUGUGCUAAAAUUUACAUGAAUGGAGAUGGCUUUGGAAAAGGGUCGCAUUUGUCUUUGUUUUUUGUUGUGAUGAGAGGUGAGUUGAAAGAUUUGUUUAUAGCGAAUUUCUAGUGAGUUUUGUUUCCGGAAAACACAACGAGUUAUUUGUUUAUCAAAGCGUUUGAUCCGUAAGCUGGGGGUAUUCUUCAAUGUAAAUAGGUAGUGUACCUAUUUUCCUUUAAAACUUCUGGGCCCUUUGCAUGUCAAAAUCAGUCCAAAAAUGGGUGACUGGUGGAUUGGUUUGGAGAGCAGUGGGAUUUCUAAAACAGUGGAAAGACAUUGAAACAUUCUGAUCACUGGAUCGUGACUGGGUGGCAUUAUUGUUUAUGAUAAGUUUGUGCAAAGGCCCAUUGUAGUAUAUCACAAUAAUGUUUUAAUUUAAGGUGACUAUGACGCUCUUCAAACUUGGCCAUUUCAAAAGAAAAUUACUAUGAUGCUGUUGGAUCAAGGCAAUGGAGAUCACAUGAUUGAUGCGUUUCAUUCAGAUCCUCAAAGUUCUUCGUUUCAACGUCCGAAGUCUGAUAUGAAUAUCGCGUCAGGCUCUCCACUCUUUAUGCCUCUUGACAGCAUGAAUAACCGUCAGUACAUCAAGGAUGAUGUCCUGUUUAUUAAGAUUAUCGUCGACUAA